UGUUAAUCUUUACUUGAUUUUCUGAUUCUGCAUUUGCUGGCAUCUACCUUUGCUUUCUUUAACUAAUUUUCCAAAUCCUACCUCCUUGCUUUCACUCUACUUUCUUCACUUUCUGACCUCAAUCAAGGAACUUAAUUGAGUUGAAUUUAUUACAAUUUUUAACUAGAUUUUUCACUUACAGGUGCUUAAAAUGGCUACUUCAACCAACCAAUUCAUCAUUUUCCACAAUCUUUCAUUAUCAUUUUUAAUCUGUGAACAUUAUUAUCUUGUGAUAUGCUCAAGAUAAUCCAUGAUUAUCAACUGGUUGCUAUUAGAGUUCCAUUUUUCCUAUUCUCUGUGCCAUUGGUAUUUUUGAAAUCAUAAACACUGCUCAAUUCACACUAUUGUCUUAUAGAUAAUUUGUGUUUAUUUUUAUUUUCCAAUUGUUCUCUUGUUGCUGUUACCCUUUUUGUUUAUUACUUAAUAUUUUUAUAUCAAUAAGAGCCAAUGAUGAAUGGAUCGUCAACACUCUCAUCAUCAGCUGGUUCUCCAUCUCCGCCAUCAUCCUCAUCCUCUUCAACAUCGCCAUCAAUCUCAGCCAGCUCAUUGGCACGAGGGCCGAAAAAACUUCUGGGAUCAUUCAAUUUUGCCAACGGUGGUACCUUUAACUGGGAAAUCCCGCCAUUCCCAGGAGAGAAGGUAGAUGAGCCCAAAACCAAGGAUGAGUUGGAGGUAAAAAAAUUCACCAAUCGUGGCUCCCAAGUUGAAGAUCGAGAUUGGGCUCUGUUGGAGGUUCAACAGAACGGGUUAGCUUUUGAGCUAUGCUCAGAUGUUGGUUCAAAUGUUUCUGAGGAAAAUAAUCAUGUUGUUGGUUUUGAUAUCACGAAUAAUGAUGAAACCGUUUUCACCAAAACAUGUUCCAAGUUGAGGAAUGAACCAAGGAUUGAUCGAGGAACCUAUUGUGAUGGUUUUGCUGGUUAUUUUGGAUACGAGGAAAAAGUUGGGAAGCUAGCUGUUGAUUUCCCGCUUGCUGAUAGUUCUCACAUUGAAGAGGUGCUUAAUGCUUGUCACGGGGAUUAUCAUUGGGCUUUCAAUUUGCUUAGUCAAUUUAAUGAAGAACAUUUUACUAAUGCUGCUUCUUCAUCUGUCAAUAUUAGUAAUCGAGUCAAUAACAAUAAUGAUGUGCAAAUUAUUCAAGAAUCAUUUGAUUCAUCUUCAUCUCCAUCACCUGAUACAGCUGUUUCUGCAAAUGAAAUCAGACCUGAUACAAUUCAUGAAAAAUUCCAUGGACUUGGCAUAGCAAGUCAACUGAUAUCGGAUAAUUUAGACCAACAAAAUGCUCAAUUCACAUUUUAUCUCGAUCCAGCAUUUGCUGAUAAAUUACAAUCAUCUUUUGGCCAAGUUUUGAAGGAAGGAGAAAAUGAUGAAAAAUAUCUUCGAGUUGAAUGCAGUGAAGAAGUUGCUCAAUUAAUUCAUUAUUUGUGGGUCAAAGCAUACAAUUCAUUGGCGAAAGAUAAUCCUGUUGCAAAUACUAAUACAAAUAAUUUCAAUAUUGACGACAUUUUUAACUUUUCUUCAUCAAGCAAACCUGUUACCAAAUCGACCAACAAUGGCAACAACGGCAAUUCAAGUAAAAAAGAGUUAUCAACAAAUGCUAAUAAGCAAAUGCCUUAUGAACCUAAAAGUGCCUUCCAAGAAAUUAUGGAUCUAGAAAUGGCCAUAAAUCUCAGUCGCAAAGAGUUUAAUUCAUCUCCAUUCAAUCACGCUAAUUCAAAGCAUGCAAUAUCAACCAAAUUGAAGAGGGAAUGCUUACGCGCUUCAUAUCCUGGUCUGGAUGAAAAAGCACUAGAAGAACUGUUUGAAGCAAAUGAUUACCGGAUCAAAGAAACAAUUGAAUCAAUCGAUGACACGCUUGGAAUACAAACUACCAUAACUCCAGAAGUAUAUGCAUUGAUUAAUGAAGAAUCGGAUAAUUCUGACAACUACAAUGAAGCUGCAGCUAGUCACGCAACAGAACUUCCCGUUUACAAUGGUGAUACUCUUCGACAAUUGAGAACUCAAAUGGACCAAUAUAUAGAAAAACGAAAGGAACUUUCUGAUAAAGGCAAUUCUGCCUUUCAAGCUAAAAUGUACGCCGUUGCUAGUUACUAUAAAAGUCAAGCUCAAGAAUAUGAUCGUAAAAUAUCAGAUUUAAGGAGCCAAGUCAUUGACACAAUAGUUCGAGCUAACCCAUCCAAUUCUUUGGAUCUUCAUGGAGUACACUCUAACGAAGUACUGACCACCCUUGGUAAUUAUUUGAGUAACAAGUUUGAAGAAAUCAAGCGGCGAAGGAUUAACAAAUUACGCCUUUUAAUCAUCACCGGACGUGGAGCUCACAGUAUUAGUGGUCCAAAAUUAAAACCAUUGGUAAUUAAUUAUCUGAAACAGAAACGCUAUCGCCAUGAAGUAGUCAAUCCUGGAGUUAUUGCUGUCACAAUUCCAUGAACCAGCUUUUUAGCAUAUCUUUUCAGUUUUUAUUCAUUCAUCUUUCUUGCCUUUCUUUUUUGACGAAGAUAUAUUCUUCUUACAACAAAUAAUUAUAUGCAUAAUGUAACUUUAUAUCAUAAUCAUAAGGUGAGCUCUCUUAUAAUUGACAGUGGAAUAAAUUUCCUCUGAUUUUUAGAUCUCAUCAUCCUGUUUAAGCUUAAUUCAACGAGAGCAAUUUUUUAACUGCAAUAUGAAACAUUUGUUCAAUUACCUUGAUUGCCAAAUUAUGUUCGAGAAUCAAACAGUAAACAUAUUAAAAUUAUUCUUUGAAAAGA